AGCAAUGGGAUAGAAAUAAGCGUUUAUGAAAACAUGCAAUGAAUACAUGAAAAUACAGCACGGUGAUUUCCCUUCGUACAUUUUGAAUAUGUCGAAGGCACAAAAAAGUUUACAAACCGAGGAUGAAGAGUUUAAUCCUGAAAAAUUUACCAAAGAACAAGUUGAAGAAUAUCGACAAGCAUUUCGGGUGUUCGACAAAGAUGGCGACGGAACGAUUUCUACAGAAGAACUUGGUGUUGUCCUGCGCUCACUGGGGCAGAAUCCGACACCUGAUGAACUGAACGAUCUAGUGGAAGCCAUAGAUGUUGAUGGAAACGGAAUUAUCGAUUUUAAUGAAUUUAUGCAAAUGAUGGCAAGAAAGAUGCAAGAAGUGGAUAUUGAAAAUGACAUUAGAGAGGCUUUCAAAGUUUUUGACAAGGAAAACAAAGGUUACAUCACUGCUUCGGAGUUACGUCAUGUGAUGACUAAUCUCGGCGAAAAACUGUCGGAUGACGAGGCGAACGAAAUGUUAUUGGAGGCCGAUCGGGAUGGAGAUGGACAAAUUGAUUACGAGGGUACGAUUCCUUUCAUUCAAACCCAGUGAACUCGAAAUAAAAGACAUUACAGAGUCUUCCAUAUCUACUUCAUAUUUGAAUAUUUUAUUGAACAUAUAUAGACGUUAACGGCAAACUAACAACUCAAAUUUAUGACAAAAUGGAUGAUUUCAGCUUCUCGAUCGUCAUUUUCCCAUAUUAAUGAAGUAAUAUUCCAUCAUUAACAGCGUAUGGUGUUUAUGUCUGCUGUAAACUUGUCAUUAGAUUGAAUGCAGUCUGGCGUGUUUCAUACCAUUUUAGGCCGUUCUUUGCUUACGUAUCACUCCGUUCACGUAAUCAAAAUAUAGGUCUCACUACAGGCAGGGGAAGCCUACUCCUCCUAGGCACCUGUGGCCCUAUUCACAAAAUAUCUUACGACUAAGAUCAAAAUUUACAAGCACUGUAAUUUUCUUAUUUUUCAUUUCUUGUAGACAAUUUUAAUUGCAUAUGUAAAGUACAUCCAUGGUUUAUAAAACUUUAAUACAUACUUAUUGACCUUAUGAUCGGUAUAUCAUUAUCCGAUAGACUUGUUUUGUUUAGCUUGUCGUAAGAUAUUUGGUGAAUAUGGGCCCAGGUCCUCUCUCUGGUGUUUCCAGGAGUCCGUGGUUUAUCCUCUCAAUUUUGUAUUUUCUCUGGUAUUUAUGAGACAGAUAACCUUUAGUUAUCUUCGUUUUUUCAUGUAACCGCCCAAUUCAUAUCAUGUACGGCUGCUUGAAUAUUGCUAAUCAGAAUUCAAAAUUGCAUGCGGUUACAAAAGCUAUCAUCUGUAAUUCACAUAAAAAGUUUUAAAAGAUAUCUAAU